AUGGAUUUUAGCGCUGAUGAGGCGCAGUCUGUGGAUGGAUCUUUGGAUAUUCUCAUGGAUUCACUCAUGGGCUCUCUUGGUCCUUUGCUAACCAUUGCUUCCGCUGCAUUUGAAGAUUUGGUGGUUUAUCAGUAG